AUGGCAACCCCAAAGCUAGACCAUGUCCUUACUCUCCGAGCAUACGGAGUGCCGAUUGCUGUCCCAGCAGGAAAAGUCAGGGACGGCCCUCUUCGAACCUGCCAUCCGCUAAAUGGAGGCUUUCUUCGAGGCGUUGACGGCACAGAAACCGAAGGCCUGUCAGUCGAGUUGACUGAGGGAGGCAGUGACUGGAUUUCCUACGACCCGUCGACCAAUAUAGCACAUGUCGAUGUUCGCACUCACGGCACAGAUGGCGCUGGUGAUGGGUUUUAUAUCCGUUAUUCCGGUUAUUUGCAGGGCGAGGAAAUCGGUCAAAAGUUCUUGGGGGAUUGGUCUGCUGAAGUUGAGUCGACGAAUUAUGGGGACCACUACUGGUGGACUCACGCUGUUAUUGAAACUGGUUCUGAAAAGUACAAGUCGCUCACAACUACCUUCCUUGUUGGACAAGGUCGCUGGUAUGCUGGUGAAGGGAAACGAGCCGUUGAAUACAAGUUUUUCAAGGUUUCCAACGGUGUUUGA